CGCAGCGCGGGGCUGACCCUACCACUGCAGGGCGGGGGUGUUCCUCAUCGGUUCUUCUCUCGCCGAGCCCGCUGCUUUCGCCAGUGAGAUGCCGGGAGGGAAAACAGAACAAAGGAGCAUCCCGAUGGCGGCCCGUGCGGGGAAUAACGCCCUGCGGUGCUCCCCUCGCAGCUCCUCGGCGUGCCCGUAGGGUGGUACGGCCCGUGCCCAGCCGGUGCCGGGGGAUACCGCGCGGCGCGGGGGGUACCGGCCGAGGGCAAGGGGCGCGGGUAGGGAGGAGACACAGGUGAGGAGAGGGCACAGGGAGCCUCCUGUAAGCCCGGCCAGCAGCACGUGAUGCCCCUGUUUGGGAACUCCUUCAGCCCGAAGAAGACGCCCCCCAGGAAAUGGGUCUCUCUCUCCAACCUGCACUUUCUGGAUAGAUCCACCCGUGAGGUUGAGCUGGGCCUGGAGUAUGGCACCCCCUCCAUGAACCUUGCUGGCCAGAGCCUGAAGUUUGAAAAUGGCCAGUGGGUGUCAGAAUCAGGAACCUUCACGGGGGAUCGCAGGGAAUUGCAGCGCUUGCGCAAACGAAACCAGCAGCUAGAGGAAGAAAACAACCUCCUUCGGCUGAAAGUGGAUAUUCUGCUGGACAUGCUCUCCGAGACCACCGCUGAGUCCCACCUGAUGGAGAAGGAGCUGGAGGAGCUGAAGCAGCACAGCCGGAGGAGGAAGUGAAGAAGAGGUGGCUGGAGAAUGGGGCUGGCUCUGGGUCUUGGUGCACAGGAUGCCAGGGCCGGCUUGGGCCUCCCAGCCUCGUUGGUACUGCGUGUAGGUACUUUGUUUCAUGGGACCAAGAGUGACGAGAUGCCUCCAGCGUUGUGCAGUGCCGUGAUGCUGCUGAUGGUUGGUUUGGCACCGCAGCACUGUUAAAAUUAACACGUUUUUUCUCAGAGCACUUUACCUUGCAGCAGCCCAGCAUAGAUACCCUUCUCUCCAAGGCAGCCGGACAAGGACGGUGGAGAAGAUCCCUCUCCGUGCGGGCUCCUCCAUGCCUUAGGAAGGCAGGGAAACCCCUGCCCCCUCCAGCCUGUCCCCCCACGGGGAGCCCGCGAAGGCUCGUACAAGCCUCACCGCCUGCCUUGGGCGAGCGGGAUGCUGGAGUUGCUCGUUCUCGAGGGUUUUGCAUAAUCUACAUAAAACCUCGCCUUUAAAACAC